GAGGGAGGGAGGGAGGGAGGAAGAGAUGCGUAUCGUAUAUAUUGAUCACUCAUGGACUAGCGAGUACUAUACAAGGCUGUCAAACCAAACCAAACCAUCCCUCCUUCCCCUUUUCUUCAUCACUAAAACAGAUGAGUCGCUAACUAAGUAGGCGAGACGAGAGGCAGAGAGAAGAUUAAUUGAGGAUGGUGGGUUCACGCACACCUAGUCCUCGCAUAGAUUCGUUUGACUACAGAAUUGAGCUUUUGUCCCCUCCUCCGCCGGGAGAGAGUGUCGCCGCCGUACCAUCAUGGCGCCUAGACAUCGACAAGUUCCAGUUGCCGUCCCAUCCUCAACGGCAUCAGAGGCAGAGUCGGAGGCAGGGCCACUCUGUCUCUGAGAAUUGCAAUAUUCCCUCUUUUCUUGCACCAUUUAUGAGUAAUUACAUUUUACAUGAUUAUUAAUACUACAAGUAUUUAUUUAUGAUGAUACCUUCAUCUACGUGACUACGUCCAUCUCCAAUUUAGUCACGAUUAAUUGGUAGGUUAGGUAGAUAACAUUAACAUACUUGAAUUAUUGAUCGUAAACUACAGACAAGGAAAGGGAGGUUGCCCAAUACUACAGGGCCCAGCAAAACCUUCUCAAGGAGUUCAACGAAGUGGACUCUUUUGCCGAGAUGGGUGUUCUGCCUGGGGAAUUGACUGAGGUAACAACUUCCUGACCCUACACACACAAAAUUCAUUCAAGUUACGGCCGGCCGUGUCGAGAACGAGAUGGCAGCUGCUUAAGUCGUGUGUGGUUGGUUUACUUUUACUUUGAUGGUGGGAGGAGUACAGAAGGAACUGAAACAAGUGGCAAGAGGGGAGAAAUUGGCAAUCUAUGUGUCGAACGUGGCGAAUUUGGUGUUGUUCGCGGCCAAGGUGUAUGCAUCAGUGGAGAGCAGAUCGAUGGCGGUGAUAGCUUCGACGGUGGACUCUUUCUUGGACCUCAUGUCUGGCUUCAUUCUCUGGUUCACUGAUCAUGCCAUGAGAAAGCCCAAUCAGUAUCGGUACCCGAUUGGAAAGCAGAGGAUGCAACCCGUGGGGAUAGUGGUUUUCGCCUCGGUAAUGGCUACUUUGGGGCUUCAAAUCAUCUUCGAAUCUGGGAGGGAACUCAUCGCAAAGGUUGGUUGGUUGGUUGUUUGGGAUGGACAAGAGAACUGGAUGAUUGGGAUCAUGGCAUCAGUCACUCUGAUCAAAUUUGGGCUCACCGUAUAUUGCCGCCGAUUCCAGAACGAAAUUGUGAGGGCCUACGCGCAAGACCAUUUCUUUGACGUCAUCACCAACUCAAUCGGUCUAGCAGCUGCUAUAUUGUCCAUCAAAUUCUACUGGUUUUUAGACCCACUUGGAGCCAUUCUUAUAGCGGUGUACACAAUUUGGAAUUGGUCAGGAACAGUGAUGGAGAACGUGGGGUCAUUGAUAGGAAGAACUGCGCCACCGGAGUACUUGGCAAAGCUCAUAUAUCUGAUAUGGAACCACCACAAGGAGAUCAAGCACAUUGACACUGUAAGGGCCUAUACGUUUGGCUGUCACUACUUUGUGGAGGCAGACAUAGUGUUGCCCGCAGACAUGUCUCUGUGCGAGGCCCAUAACAUAGGCGAGACACUCCAAGAGAAGAUGGAGCGACUCCCAGAAGUGGAACGAGCUUUCGUCCAUGUCGAUUUCGAGUUCACCCAUCAACCAGAGCAUAACCCAAAGCGAUUGACAUCCAAAUCAUGAUUUCUCUCCCAUACAAGAGGAAUUAACGUGUAGCUUUAUUGUUCUUGAUGAAUGAUGAUGAUGAGGCCACACAUGGUGGGGUUGCAAUCAGCAGCAACAACAUUUGGCAUGUGUGUAUGAUUGUUUGUUGUAGCACCGAGCUUGUCCUUCUCCGUCAUUUUAAUUGCUUGCUAGCUGUAUAGGUUGGCUGGAGUUGGACCUGGACGGAUUGCUAAUAUAUUGAAUCAAUAUUAAUGUAACACUAAGUUGAAGGAAAUCACAGAACACUCAUAACUUGUGUUUGGA